CGCCGAGAUUGCCUUUUGACUUUGCCCUUUCUGGGCGCGUGAUCUGAUCGGUUCCGUAAUGGCUUGUAUCCCACUCUUGCGUCGCGACGCCACGAACGUGUUGUUCGUCGUUGUGCCAGACGCCAAAACACUCCCGCAUGAACGAAGCGCCGCGUCGCGUGCCACCGAGCCCCGUGCUCGAGUAUGACUACCCUGCCGAGCUCUUCGCCCCCGCGCCGCGCCGACAGACGGCGUACGACCGCCUCCGACAGGCGUACACGCACCCGACGGCGCGCCUCUCGCUCAACGACGACGUCGGGCCUGACAAGGCGCCGCAAGCGGUCCUGCCGUGUCUCGCACUCUUUACGUCCGUCGUGCUCGGCUUUGUCCUCUCGUACGGCGUCGAUUACGCCCUCGAUAAACCUCCGAACUUUGAGAACCGGACCCAAGCCGACUACGAGGCGCUGCUCGCGUUCACAACCAAGCGAUCGUCCAUAGCGCGCUGGCUCGACCUCCCGGGCACGCUCUUCGUGCGCGCCUUGUCCUGCCUCGUCGUGCCCCUCAUUUUUGUCAACCUUGCCAUGGGCGUCGCGGAGCUCGUGCAAACGGCCAAGCUCGGGCGCGUCACCGCCAAGAUGCUGCUGUUGUUUGCGCUCACAACCAUGGCGGCGGCCGGCCAAGGCCUCCUUUGGAUGUCGAUCGUGCCCGAGGAGCGACUGCGCACCAACCAAACCAACAUCUUUCAGGUGGACACUCGUCCGCGCCGGUUGAUGUCGACCGAGGUCCUCUGCCCACUCCAGAACGAAACGUACCUUGUCUGGAAGGGCGACGAGCUCAGCUGCAGCAACGAGAAAUCGUCGGCGGCCGCGUUCCAGAUGCGCGACUCGAACCGCCUCUUGGCGAAUGUCUACAGCGCCCGGCGGAGCGUCAAGAAGCUGUCCGUGGUCGACGUCAUCCAAAGCAUCUUCCAGAUGGUCGUGCCGAGCAACCUCUUUGCGUCGUUCGUGCAAGGCGACCUCCUCAGCGUCGUCGCCUUCGUCGUGCCUUUUGGCCUUGCGAUCGCGCGUAUCUUCACCAUCAUGAUCGCCUGGGUCAUCCAGACGGCGCCCGUUGCCGUCCUCUUCAUGGUCGCAUCGACGCUGCUGUACCCCGAAGACAACAACGCCGCGAGCUACGGGUGGGCCGUCGACGGCGGCAGCCUCCUCUCGGGCGUCGUGAAAGACCCGUCUGCGCUGCCGUUUGAGCAAAUCCUGGCGCGUUCCGAGUACUUUUUCGACAACCUCACGGCCGAAAAGUCGUCGAUGCUCACGUUUCUCGGGCUCUACUUGGCCGGGUGGGUGCUGCACUGCUUUGUGUUUCUGCCCACGCUCGUCCUCCUCACGACGUCGCAUGCGCCGUGGACGUUCCUUCGGCGCAUCAUUCCCGCGCUCUCGUUUGGCUUUUUCAGCGCGUCGGCGUUGGCGUCGAUGCCCCUUUUGAUGAAAUUCAUGCACCUCUCGCAGUUUGUCUCGCGCCACAUCACGCGCCUCGUCGUUCCCGUCGGCACGGGCGUCCACAUGGACGGUGUCGCCUUGUACGUCUCGUCGGCCAUGGUAUUUCUGUUGCGGACGCAGAGCUACGACCGCAGCGCGCCCGUGCCCGAGGCGUUUUUGCUCAACGGCGCCAUGUACGCCAUCAUCUUUGUGUGCGCGACGGUCGCGUCCUGGACCAUGCCGCCGCUGCCGCACAACGGGCUCCUCGGGCUCACGUUUGUGUGGUUUACCGUCGUGGGCGAAGUGCGCCCGACCAAUUUGCACUGGAUGAUCGCGAUGGAUGUCGUCACCGACCGCCUCUCGACCGUCGGCACCAUGAUAUCGAACGCGAUCGUGACGCUUAUCAUCGCGUCGUCGGUCGACGAGCGCUACGCCGACGAGCAGGACCGACGCGUGGACCAGCACGAGUGGCUCUCCGAGUAGAUGUGGUUCUUAGCGAUAAUCUAUCUAUCAGUGUACGGUUGGUGUC